UCGAUCCGAGUUGUUAAUCUACUCGAAAAAGGAAAAAGUUAGAAAGCCUUAACCAAAGAUUAACUUUAGCUUGAGGCUAUUCCAAUGGGCACUGGUCAGUUUUGGAAAAAAGGAACAACAAUUAACUACUGGAAAUUAAUCAAGAGCCAAGAAAAAAGGAAAUUAAACCAAUUCCAACAAUGCAAAGUUAAUUUUCCAGAUCAAUCGGAUGGUCGUUGGUCAACAAAUGAACCAAUGGAUUAAGAAAUCAGUUCAUUUUUGAAUGUUAAUCUCUUGAUCGAUUGUGCCCUUGGAGAUCUACCGAUUGAUUCAUGGUGAAACUCAGAUCACGCGGAUAAAAUAGUUUCCUCUUACCGCUAGAGGCGAUUUUUGGACUUGAUAAUAUUUAUAUGAGCAGGUCGAUGUCAAUUGGCCAUUCGAGGAUUGAAUAAGUCAAUCCAAUGGUCCAAGUUUUAUGUUUAUUGUCAACUGGACUUGGACAAUUACAAACCUUUGAUUAUAACGGUUAGUCAUUCAUUCAAUUUCAUUGGAAGUGUCCUUGAUUAGAAUCAGUAAAAUUUGAAGGACAUUCAACAAUCAGUCUAUUAUUAUCGUCCUGAUGGUCAACAAUGAUUGAUGUUCAUGACUAUUGAUAGAAAAAUCAUCCAACGAUCACAUUAUCAGUCGAGAUUAAUUGAUCUUAAUCCAAUUCCAUCUAACAGUAAUUAAAAUGUGAAAUAAACUGAACACAGAUCAAUGUAACAUUGAAAUCCAUAAUUGCAACUUCUACCUAAUUAAGGCAGAAAUUCAUCAAAUCAAAUGUUCAAUCAACUAAUCGAAUCCCCAAAACUGGUAAAUAAAAAAUUGGCGCGCAAACAAUUAGCUCAUCCAAGAGGUCAACUGAAUUCUGAACUGUGGAAAUCCAAAUUUGAAAAGGCAAUUUAUCAGGUUACUAAUCAAUCAAAUUAAAAAUCGAAUCCAAGAUGAACACAUAACAAUCAAUACGAAUCGAAAUCGAGUUAACCAAAACUUCAUUUUCUCUGCAAAUAAAAGUCUAUUUUCACUGAAUCUUCUCUAAGUUUAGAUCAACAUCUGAGAUUCUUUGUUAUUGUUUAGAAUGUAAACUUUAGACAUUUAAUUGUUUUCUUUUUGUUUAAUUUUCGUUCAUUAAAUUGUCAUUGAUUUAAUUGUCUACAAAUGAUUUCCUGGUUUAACACUCGAACCAUAACCUUGUUCCAACAAUUAUAAUGAUUAUGUUACCUUGUAAGAGGAACGGUAAGUUUACCGGUAGAGAGUAAUGAUCAGUUUUAUGGAUUAACUAAUUGGAUUGUUUUCCAAAUUGAUUCUAAUUAACUGAUGAUUAAAUCAAUAGAAUAUCAAAAAUAUUAAAUCAUCCAUGAUAAUCUUCACUCUUUAAUCCAUUGGUCUUUAAGAUUAUGUCUUUUUCCCUUUUGGAUCCGAGACUCUGAUUGUUUCAACCUUUCCGAUUAUCUCUCCACCUAUUGAUUGUUAAUCUAUCGUUUAAUCAUUGAUUAAACUAAUCACUUUCUCUGUGACCAUGUGCUGGUUAACUAAUCCAGUUAAAUAUUCACAUUGCUCUUGGAGAUCAUCACAUUUAACUUACUCUUCAAUCAGAACAAUUUACGGACAAUCAAUGGACUCCAAGAACAGUGUUGUUGCUGUUAAUCAAGCAAAGGAACAAUUAACCAAUGGUGAUAUGAAUGGAUUAAAGAUUCCCAAUGGAUUAAGAAAGUCUCAUAAAUCUUAUUCGGAAACUUUGAUUAGACUCAUGGAGUUUGAUAAUAACACCAGUGUUUUAAAGCGAGUUAAUCCAAAGAAUAUCAAAGAAUCAAGUAAUAAGCUUAACCUGUUAAUCCAGUUAUUGGAUAAGAUUAACAUUAAAUUGGAUCAUCUAAAUAAACUUAAUGUAAUUCAUAUCGCUGGUACCAAAGGUAAAGGGUCAACUUGUGCUUACGUUGAAAGGAUAUUAAGGGAAAGAGGUUAUAAAACUGGACUUUACACUUCACCUCAUCUUGUUUCGGUUCGUGAUCGUAUCAGAAUAUCUGGUCAGCCGAUUUCAAUGGAAUCAUUUGUGGACUAUUUCUGGUCAGUUGAACCAAAGAUCGCUGGACAUGACGAGAAACCCGGUUUCUUUAUGUUCCUAACCUUGUUGAGUUUUCACAUUUUCCUGGAGGAAAAAGUUGAUGUAACCAUUUUGGAAACUGGUAUUGGUGGGGAAUUUGAUUGUACCAAUAUUGUUCCCGCUCCGAUUGUUACUGGAAUCACAUCUCUUGGUAUUGACCACACAACCGUUCUUGGUGAUACAUUGGAAUCUAUUGCUUGGCAUAAAGCGGGUAUUCUUAAGCCCAAUGUUACAUGUUUCUCAUCACCCCAACCCGAAUCAGCGAUAAAAGUUAUCCAAGAUCGAGCGAGGGAAAAAAAUUGUCCACUUUUUGUUUGUCCGACACUAGAUGAGUACCAGAAAUUGACCCCAGGCCAAAUUUCACUUGGAAUUGAUGGUCAAGCUCAGAAAACAAAUGCAUCUCUUGCGUUAAAAUUGUCUCGAUAUUGGCAUGAUAACCAUAAGGUCAAAUUUUCUCCGUCCAAUGGCUUAUGUGAAGUUUCAUCAAAUGAUGGAAAUAGUUUCCCGUUGACCUCAGAGGAGAUUCAUGGGCUCGAAGAUACUACUUGGCCUGGUCGAUGUCAAUUGGUCACUCGAGGAUCGAUUAAAUAUUUUCUCGAUGGCGCUCAUACUGUCGAGAGUUUAGACAAUUGUCUUGAAUGGUACAAUCGAAAAUCUCGAGAAAUAAGACAAUCCGAUGGUCCAAUAGUUCGAGUUUUAUGCUUCUUCUCAGCUGGACUUCGACAAUUUGAACCUUUAAUUCAACGAGUGGCUCAUGAGAAAUUUGAUUUUGCACUUUUUCCCUCCAAUCAUAUUGAUCAACCUGAAAAAUAUCCCGAAAUCAUGACUGAUUCAAGAUACGGAAUCGAAGACAUAACUGAUCGUAUAACUAAAACUCGACUCCUUUGGCAAUCAAUUCAACGGGAAAAUGGACGAGAUUCAGUUAAUUGUAAACAAUUUACAAGUUUAUCAAAAACUUUAAACUAUUUGGAAACCACAUUAUCAUCACAAUUAUCUGAUAAACAAUUAACUGAUUCACUUGAUGAUUGUAAACUUCACGUUCUAGUCACUGGAAGUUUAGUUUUCGUUGGCAAUGUUUUAACCUUAAUUGAUGAUUCUAACAAAUCAUAUUUAAAUGGUUAACAAAAGCAACAAUUUAAUCAACCCUUUAUCAUUUAUCGUUUAAUUGUUAAUCGUUAAAACUAAUCAGACACAAAAAUGGAUCCAUUUGCAUCAACACAAUUUCCUCAUCAACAUUUACAAAAAGAGACAAUUUUUUUUUGUUCAUCAAUCAAAUUAAUCUGAUUCAUGGUAAUCAAUGAGCAAAUUGAUUGUGAUGAAUUAAUAUGAUGUAAAUUGUCAUCUAAUCACUGGCUCAUGAUCAAAGAUCACCAUUGAUGAUCAGUUAAUUAUCUAAUGGUACAAAAUUACAGCAAAACUGAAACACCCAAUUGAUUGGCAAAUUAAUUUAAAUUAAUUUAAUUCUGUUUCAUAUUCAAAUGUUAACUUGUUGAUUCUCAUGGAUUCCAUGAAAUUAAUUUCCUUAAGUUUAUUUAAUUAUAUUUCUGCUUUAAUUAGACAUCUUUUUGAGAAGACAAUUAACCAUUAUGGUGGAUCAACAAUCAACCGCAACAAUUUAACUUCAAUUGGACCAUUAAUUAUACCAACCAUUGAUUCCUGUCCAAUUGUUGGCUACCAUUUGGAUAAUUGUUUCAAUUAUGGUUACAAUUUAUGGACCUCAAGUGAUUCCCUAAUUAAAAAGAUUGUUGCUCAUCAAUUAUACUUUUUAAUUGUUUAUUACCAAUAAUUGAAUCAAAUUGUGAUGAAAAUGUUUACUCUAGAUUCUUGAUUACAUCUACUAAUUACUCCGAUCAUGUUAAACAAUUAACUCCAUGUCCAGAGAUUUAUCCCUUAAAUUGUGAAAUUACUUUACCCUUUUAUUGGAUUUUAGCGAUUGGUUUAUUAAUUGUUACACUAAUUGUAAUCAUCAUCGUAAUUACUUGUUGCCUUAUUGGUGCCAAAAGGAAACAAUCAGAAUCUAAUCAACAAUCAGUACGAAAUUCAUUUCACGAAAGAUCAAACUCUUUCUACAUAUUAACAUUUGUUUAAACACAAUAUCCAAAUGAUUUGUAAAUCUAAUUGUUAAUUGUGUUUACUUGAACAAUUAAUAUUGAAACAAUUCAACUUGAACAUAUUUCCAGAUACUUGGUAUCAAGUAUCAAUAUCGUUUCCACUGUAAAUAUAACAUUGUAAUAGCGAUACCGAUAUAGAGUCUCAAGUAUCUUUUUGUAAACUUUCAUUGAGACAAUUUAACAAUUGUUCAACUCAAUUCAUUAUUGAUUAUGUGACAAUUAAUUAAUCUAUUUAUUGUUGAUGACAUUUUCACUUAUGAAGAGUUGUUUGUUCACCUUUGUUUAGUUAAGAAUUACAAAAAAAAAUUAGAUCACAAUAAAUUGGAAUCAAUUGUUUAUCAACAAUUAAUUGUCUCUCUCUCUCUAUUUUAAUUCAAAUUUAUUAAUAGAAAAAGAGGAAAUUAAUUUAAUUGUUGAGGUAAAUUGUGAGAAUUAAAUUUUCUAAUCAACCGCUGAUGUCUAUGUUUACGCUGAGUGAUUAGUUGAUUACGAUAAUUGUCAAUAGAAACAAGAUAAUCGUUCAUCUGUUGAUCUAAUUAAUUGUGUUUAUUAUGAAGGAAAAAUUUUUCUUUCCAAUGGAAAAUUAAAUUGUAACAAUUAAAUUAUAAUCUUCUUUUAUAUGUUUCAAUUUUUCCUUGGAUCAACAAUCAAAUAUGUUAAUUGUUCACUUUAUCUGGUUAUCAUUAUUAUCACCUUGGAGUUUAAUUGUUGCCCAGCAGAUUGAUUUCUAUGAAUGGUCCCAGUUAAUUGAUGAAAAUUUGAUCGAUGAUUUUUAUCAUUAUAUUAACAAAUUUCGCGUUGAAAUGACCCCCGCUUGUGCCUCGAAAAUGUUACAACGACACGAGUACGCUAAUUGUUACUAUUCAGCGGUUGACCGAUGGCGAUCCAAGAGUAACUUGGACAAACUGGCCUGUUGUUUUAUCCUCGAUUAUGAAUAUUGUAUGUUAAAUCUGAUUCGCUCUGAGUGUGGCCGUUACGAGGAGACCAAGUACCGAACCUCGGACGGUUAUGUUGCCGCUAAGCGACACAUAAUGUCCAUUUUUAAUUGUCUCCGUCGGUACGAUGACAUCGACGAUUGUCGAUUACCAACUUGGGCCAUUAUAUUGAUCUCAAUUUCGUCGAUAAUUGUUUUCGUAAUUAUCUUAAUCAUCUUAAAGUGUCGCUACAAUAUGAGACAACGAAAAGCAUUGAAACAAUUAAACUACCGUAAUGUUGCCUUACAAUUACAGCGACAACAAUUAAAAUAAUAAUAUGUAACAAUUUAAAUUGUCAAAUUGUCUUUGCCAAUUUUAACAUUCAUGACAAUUGAAUUAAUCAUUUUCGAUAAUUGUAAAUAAUAAACAACAUUUUCUAUUAUUAUAACUAUU